AUGGAUGCACAAAAAUAUAAAGAGAGAAUUCUAGGUCGCUUUGAUACUGUUGUUAGAUAUUUUUGGGAUGGGCUUCCCAUACCGCCGUUUGUUUGCUCAAAAGAUGACCCUUCCCGAGGAAGCUUUACAAUUCGAACUCUCGGUUACUCCCCUGAUUACAGCAGGGAAACCUUAGAUAUUUCUCUUGAUUCAAUUGAAAACGAAUCUCUAAACUUUCAACCACUUAGUAAUCGUGAGCCUAUUACUACUUCUAUGAGUGCACGUAUUGGCUCUCAUUAUUCACCAUAUGUUGGAUUUUUCUCAUUCAAAAAGAUUUCUACAUCACCGACCAAAGCUAAUACCCUUUACAGCGAAUUAGAAUUCCUGUUGAACACUGUGAGGAUGAAUGUGAGAUAA